AGAAAGAUGCGACCCGAGCUCAGUGACGCAGUGCUACAUGAUGUACAUGACCGUGUUAUGGGCGGAGGAGUAUAGGCUUACGCACGAGUAUGACGAAGAGCAGCUCAAGAGAAGUUGCAGCGCCAUCGAGGAAAAGUUACCGUGCCAUCGAUAUUUGGUGAAUUGCUCGGAAGCAGUGACUGGUGACCACAGUAUUGAAGAGAGGGGAUACGAGGCACUGCGCAACAUUAUGUGCGACGUUAAGAAGCUGAAAGAAACUUAUAUCGCUGCCAAGUGCGUAAACGAGGAGAAGAUAAUGGAAUGCACAAGACAGUUGAUGCCGACGUCCAAUCCACAGGAUGCCGAGGAGCCAUCAGACUUGACCUCUCGCUGCAACAUAAACCCCGCCGAGGUUGACUGUUUCGACCAGGCAUUCAACUCGUCCUGCACCCUGUCGAUGACGACGGCCAAGGCAGUGAUGACCAGGGUGGGGCAUGCCGCAGUCCUGCUCAGAGGAUGCGAGUCUUCUGCAAACGCAGUCGUGGUUUCCAGAAGUUUUCUGGUUUUGCUGGUUGUUCCCAUUGUUCUUAGUUGGUUGAGAACAUGACCAGCGUACUAGAAAAAAGGAAUUGGGCCGAAUUUGGCGUAUGCCUUACACAUGGCUACGCUUAUAUUUAUGGACCUUCACUUUUACAGGGCUGCAGAAGGGUGGGUUAUACCAUCGCAACCCGGAUUCUCAGUCAGCCCGCUUGUACUUCAGCAAGUACAUUGCACGGUGUAUUUAAUUAACUCAAAACGGUGUGUUUGCGAAUGCCUUCAUUAGGUCGAAAUUAAAGCUGUGUUAAACGAGUUUUCAUGAAGCGCGUCAUGUCACUGGGAACGGAUGCCUGUAAGACAUACGACAAUAUUCACGACAACACAACGGCAGUUCUUGUUCUUUGUGCUAUGGGCUGUUUUUGUAGGUGUACGUAAUAUGUC